ACACUAUAGAUUCAAGCAAAAACCUAAGCUAUUCCCAAUGUCUCUCUGGUCUAUACUCCUCCUUACACUCUUUGCAGUUGGUGAAUCUCAAUCCACUGCUGCAUUUAACCAAACCGACCUGCAGACAGCAAUGUCCGAUAUGCGAAGUCGUUCUUAUUAUGGAUUUGUCAUCCUCCUCAAAAUCCUCAACAGUCUGCCCAACCAACUGCAAAGCAAUGAUUUCACAUUCCUAAUGCCAAAUGAUGAAGAUUUAUCUCACUUCUCAAUAACCACAGAUGAGCUCCAUGAUUUCCUACUUAGCCACUCUAUUCCAACAGCAUUGCUGCUCAGUCAUCUAUUACAUUUUCCAAAUGGCUCUAUAGUUCCCUCUGGCCUUCCAAACAAGGUGAUCAACAUAACCAACAGUGGCAGAGCAGGUUUGUUUGUCAACAAUGCAAGGGUUGUCACACCAAAUGUGUGCCUAAAUUCUCUAAUAAGGUGUCAUGGAAUCAGUGCUGCUAUGACAUUUGAAAAUGUCCUUCCUUUUCACAGAGUUCCAAAACCUAAGGAUCCCUCAAAGAAAAAGAACAAUAACGACACAAACCCAACCCGAACGAUUAAAAAUAUGAGCAUCCCACCUUUCAAUUGAGGCGAGAAAAAUAGUUGUCAUUCAAAUGUAAUGUUAUCUUGUGUGGUUUUAUGAAAUAACAAGAUGUAACUUUUACUUUGUCUCAA